CACUUACUCAGUGCAUGUUAGCAGGACUUGAUGGACCUUCCUACGCCGUCUCUCUGCUCUCCACGGCCCUGCUUCUAUGUGGCUCACGACCCACCUUAUCAUACGCACCCUUCUUCCUUUUCGUCUCUCUCAUUAUCGCCUGUCAUUCACGAGAGAUAGGCUUAGGGUUUUCUCCGUUUCUGUUGUUUUCUUUAGUUUUCCAUGCUCUUCGAAGGGACAGGGUGUCGGCUUAUAGGGUUCUUCUGUUUACGGCAUCUUCAUGGACGGAAGGAGACAAUCCAAGGACUCAUCGCUGUCCUACUCGACUCUCUUCAAUCUUGAGUCUUUGGUGAACUUCAAAGUUCCACAACCAGAGGAUGAUUUUGAUUAUUAUGGAAAUAGUAGUCAGGAUGAGAGCAGAGGUGCAACAAUGGCAAAUUACAAUAAUGGGACUAUCUCGGAAAGGGAAUUGAGCUCUGUGAAGAGGAAGAGGCAAUCGAGCAACGUCAACGAAGAGGAAGUGGAAGAGAAAGCGUAUAACAGGACACACAUUACUGAGGAGAGGUAUCGAACGAUGCUGGGAGAACACAUCCAGAAGUACAAGAGGAGGUUAAAGGACUCGUCGUCAAGUCCUGCCCUUCCUCGGAUGGGGAUGUCGGUUCCAAAGAGCAAUUUGGGUGGUUCUAAGGGAAAGAAGUUGGGAAGUGAGCAGCGAGGAGGGUUGUAUGAAAUGGAAACAACAUCUGAUUGGCUUGGUGGUGAUAGUCCAAAGAAGCCUGUAAACUAUAUUGAAGCUGAUUUCACACCCAAAACAUGUUAUGAACCUGCUCAUUUGAAUAUUGGGGAGGGUAUCAUUUAUAGGAUUCCUCCAUCUUAUGAUAAGCUUGCAGCAUCUUUGAAUUUGCCAAGCUUCGCGGAUAUCCAGGUGGAGGAAUUUUAUUUGAAGGGUACCGUAGAUUUGGGGUCCUUGGCAGCAAUGAUAGCCAAUGAUAAAACGUUUGGGCGUAGAAACAGAGCAGGGAUGAGGGAGUUCAGGCCCAAAUAUGAAUCACUUCAAGCAAGAUUGAAGGCCUUGGAAACUUCUAACUCAGCACAGAAGUUUGAGCUGAAGGUAUCUGAUAUUGGAUUGUAUUCCUCCAUCCCAGAGGGGGCAGCUGGUAAUAUAAGACGGUUUAUUUUGUCGGAGGGAGGCAUGUUGCAGAUGUUCUAUGUGAAGGUUUUGGAGAAAGGGGAGACAUACGAGAUAAUUGAACGAAGCCUGCCCAAGAAAGCAAAGGAAAGAAAAGAUCCUUCUGUCAUAGAGAAGGAAGAAAUGGAGGAGAUUGGAAAAGCGUGGGUAAAUAUUGUAAGAAGAGACAUACCGAAGCAUCAUAGGAGCUUCACUACUUUUCAUCGCAAGCAGCUGAUAGAUGCCAAGAGGUUCUCAGAAAGUUGUCAAAGAGAGGUUAAAUUGAAGGUUGGUAGAUCACUCAAAUUGAUGAGGGGUGCUGCAAUUCGCACUAGAAAAUUGGCUAGAGACAUGCUGCUAUUCUGGAAGCGAGUAGAUAAGGAGAUGAUGGAAAUAAGGAAAAAGGAGGAAAGAGAAGCGGCUGAAGCUUUUAAGCAUGAACAGGAGCUUCGAGAAGCAAAGAGACAGCAACAAAGGCUCAAUUUCCUUAUACAACAAACAGAGCUUUAUAGUCACUUUAUGCAAAACAAAGCAAAUUUGCUGCCAUCUGAAGCAUUGCCUCCAGGAGAUGAUAAAUUGGAUGACCAAGAAGGGGCUCUGAGCCCAUCGCAAGCUGACCUUAAUGAGGAAGAAGAUGCAGAGGAGGCUGAAUUGAGAAAAGAGGCUCUGAAAGCUGCUCAAGCUGCUGUUACUAAGCAGAUAGAGCUAACCAGUGAUUUUGAUUUUAAUUGUUCAGAGCUGCGCAAGUCAUAUGGACCGGAGACAUCUUUAGAUGCUUCAGUUGCAGGGUCUACCAACAUAGAUCUGCAGACCCCCUCCACCAUGCCCUCAACUUCAACAGUUCAAACACCAGAGUUGUUCAAAGGCUCACUUAAAGAAUAUCAGUUGAAAGGUCUUCAAUGGCUAGUUAAUUGUUAUGAGCAGGGUUUAAAUGGUAUACUGGCUGACGAGAUGGGCCUUGGGAAGACUAUUCAAGCCAUGGCAUUCUUGGCACAUCUAGCAGAGGAAAAAAAUAUAUGGGGCCCUUUUCUGGUUGUUGCUCCUGCCUCUGUCUUGAAUAACUGGGUGGAUGAGAUAAGUCGUUUCUGCCCAGACUUGAAAACCCUUCCAUACUGGGGUGGAUCAAACGACAGGGGAAUACUGAGGAAAAACAUAAAUCCGAAGCACCUUUAUCGCAGGGAUUCUGCAUUUCAUAUUCUCAUUACCAGUUAUCAACUGCUGGUGGGUGAUGAGAAGGUUUUAAGGCGUGUGAAAUGGCAGUAUAUGGUAUUAGAUGAAGCCCAGGCUAUCAAAAGUUCAAGCAGUGUACGAUGGAAGACUUUGCUCAGUUUUCAAUGUCGAAACCGUUUGCUUCUGACUGGCACACCUAUUCAGAAUAACAUGGCAGAGUUGUGGGCCCUUCUGCAUUUUAUUAUGCCAACCUUAUUUGACAACCCUGAACAAUUCAACGAGUGGUUUUCUAAAGGGAUUGAGAAUCAUGCAGAACAUGGCGGUACCUUGAAUGAACACCAGCUCAAUAGAUUGCAUGCAAUUUUAAAGCCUUUCAUGCUUCGACGAGUUAAAAAGGAUGUGAUAUCUGAGCUAACUACAAAAACAGAGGUUACUGUGCAUUGCAAAUUGAGCUCUCGGCAGCAAGCUUUCUAUCAAGCCAUUAAGAACAAUAUAUCUCUUGCUGAGUUGUUUGACAGCAGUCGCGGGCAUCUUAGCGAAAAGAAAAUUCUGAAUCUAAUGAAUAUUGUCAUUCAGUUAAGAAAGGUUUGUAACCAUCCAGAGUUGUUUGAACGGAAUGAGGGAAGCACAUACCUGUAUUUUGGAAACAUUCCAAAUUCUCUUUUGCCCCCUCCUUUUGGAGAGUUGGAAGAUGUGCACUAUUCUGGAGGUCAGAAUCCUAUUACCUACAAGAUACCAAAAAUAGUGCACCAAGAGAUUGCUCAAAGUUCGGAAAUGCUUUUGUCUGCAGUUGGACGUGGACUUUACAGAGAAUCAUUCCAGAAAAAUUUCAACAUAUUCUCCCCAAGAAAUAUCUAUCAAUCUAUCUUCCUGGAGAAAAGCUCAGAUAGCUUGUGGGUUAGGAGUGGAACGUUUGGUUUUAGCCGCUUACUGGAUCUAUCCCCAGCAGAGGUUGCAUUUGUAGCAACUGGUUCUUCUAUGGAAAGAGUACUGUUUUCUAUUACGAGAUGGGAUCAGCAGUUUUUGGAUGUAAUCUCAGACAUGCUUAUGGAUGACAUGGAUGCUGAUACUGAUUGCACUCUUGGGAGGGGAGAAAUAAGAGCUGUCACACGGAUGUUAUUGAUGCCAUCUCGAUCUGACACAAAUUUGCUUAAAAGAAGCUUCGCGACGGGUCCACAUGGGACUCCUUUUGAGGCUUUAGUUCUUUCUCACCAGGACAGGCUUCUAUCCAACAUCAAUGUGCUUCAUUCGACAUACUCAUACAUCCCACGGAUGAGGGCUCCGCCAAUUAAUGUACAAUGCUCAGAUAGAAAUUUUGCUUACAAAAUGAUGGAAGAUCUGCAUAACCCAUGGAUAAAAAGGCUGCUACUUGGGUUUGCUCGCACAUCAGAGUUUAAUGGACCCCGAAAGCCGGAUAGUCCUCCUAAUCAUUUAAUUCAAGAGAUAGACUCCAAACUGACUGUUUCGCAACCUGCUCUUCGUUUGACAUAUGAGAUUUUUGGUUCUUGUCCACCAACACAAAGCUUUGAUCCUGCAAAGUUGCUCACAGACUCUGGGAAGCUUCAAACACUUGAUAUACUUUUGAAACGCUUGCGAGCGGCAAAUCACAGAGUUCUCUUGUUUGCACAAAUGACGAAAAUGUUAAAUAUUCUUGAGGACUACAUGAACUAUAGAAAAUAUCGGUAUCUUAGACUUGAUGGGUCUUCCACCAUUAUGGAUCGGAGAGACAUGGUGAGAGACUUCCAGCACCGGAAUGAUAUUUUUGUGUUUCUGCUGAGUACUAGAGCGGGUGGCCUGGGCAUUAAUUUGACAGCUGCUGACACAGUCAUAUUUUAUGAAAGUGAUUGGAAUCCAACAUUGGAUUUGCAGGCAAUGGAUAGAGCUCACCGGUUGGGUCAGACAAAGGAUGUUACCGUCUACCGACUCAUAUGUAAAGAGACAGUAGAAGAGAAAAUUUUGCAGAGAGCAAGCCAGAAAAGUACUGUUCAGCAGCUUGUCAUGACUGGUGGUCAUGUUCAGGGUGAUCUUCUGGCUCCUGAGGAUGUGGUAUCUUUACUUCUGGAUGAUGCCCAGUUGGAACAGAAGAUGAAAGAAAUUCCAGUGCAGGCUAGAGAAAAACAAAAGAAAAAGCAGCCAACGAAGGGUAUUCGAUUAGAUGCUGAAGGUGAUGCGUCCUGGGAAGAUUUUGCAAACAGUGGAGUUCAAGCUACUGUAACUGAGCCUUCUACAGAUUCAGAGAAGGCAACAUCCAAUAGCAAAAAGAGGAAAGCUGCUUCUGACAAGCAAACUCUGCCAAAGCCGAGGAGUUCUGAAAAGAUGAGCCAAUCAAAUAUGUCCAUGGAAGACGAAUUCGAUAAUCCUGUCACAAACACGGAUCAGCAAUCACAGAGACCCAAAAGGGCAAAGAAACCGAAGAAGAGUGUUAACGAGACGCUUGAACCAGCAUUUACUGCCAACCCUGCAGAUCAGAUUCUAUGUCCACCUUCCUGAGAGUUUUGUUCUAGACGUAUCUGUCCAAGCAACAUAUAACUGUACAUAGCAUAUAAGCGUGGAAAUAUAAUUGAGUGAAGAAAGAUGGGUUAAACCCAUCUUACCGACAGUUUUAAGGUUAAUUGUACGAGAUGUCAGGCCCCCCUGGCUGCCUGAGUUGCGUAGCUUUUGACUGUGAUCGGAAAAUGCUGGAUCAUAGCAAGCUACAUAGUUGUUAGGCUGUAAAUGUAAGUUUUUUUUUGGUUUGGGGGCUUAGAUUCACUGCCAAUUGAUAAAUGUGUGGGUAGAGAGAGCUAGUCAUUUUUCAUACACGAAUUAUAUCAGUAUCAAGUAUUUGAAUGUGUA